UUUUGAAUCAUGGAAAACAUGUAUCUGACUGUUCUGUCAUUUUCAGUGAGCAGUCACGAGCCUCACAUUCACACUUCAUUUAUUUCAGAAAAUUUCAACAGAAAUGUGGCUUAUUUAGAAUUUCUACGUGUCUGAAAGUUGCGAUGCGCCUUUGGGGCCGUGGGGCGUGGCUGCGCGUAACAACACGGAGAACACACACACUACAAAGUCUGUUAAAGACACACACACACACACACACACACAGAGCGCGCACAGGAGAUGAACUUUACUGAACAUUGUGAUAGUGAGACGUGGGUUCGGGAAAGUUCUCCCACCACCUCCGUGUUCAUGUUCUCCGCCGGAGUUCUCGGGAACGUGGCUGCGCUCGUGCUGCUGGAGGUCCGGCGCAGGAGGAGGAAGCAGAGCGCGCGAGGUCACUCCUCUAACUUCAGUCUGUUUCAGAUACUGCUCACCGCGCUGCUGGUCACCGACCUGCUGGGCACGUGCUCCGUCAGCCCGCUGGUGAUUGCUGCCUACGCGCGGAACGAGUCUCUGCGCGCGCUGGGUGGAAGCGUGGUCUCGUGCCGGCACUUCGGCUUCGCCAUGACUUUCUUCAGCCUCGUGACUCUCGCGCUAUUAUUGUGCAUGGCGCUCGAGCGCUGCCUCUCCAUCGCCCUGCCUUACUUUUACGAGAGACGCCUAAGCGCGCGUUGUGGUUACCUGGCGUUGGCACUGGUCUACGUGUCGGGCGCGCUCUUCUGCCUCGCGCCAUUCUUCGGUUUCGGCGAAUACGUACAGUACUGUCCCGGUACGUGGUGUUUUGUUGACAUGUUGUCUUCGAAGCGCGUGCAUCGCAUCUACAAGAACUUGUACGCAUCUUGUCUGUUUGUCAUGAUCGUGUGCACCGUGCUGUGCAACGCCUGCGUCAUCUAUCACCUCGUGCUCAUGUACCGGAGGGUCGAGCUGCACCGGGGCUCCGCGCGCAGGUUCAGAGCAUCCACACGGACACAUUCGCUCUCGGAGGAGCUCGAGCAUCUGGUCCUACUCGCCUUUAUGACCAUCACAUUCCUCAUCUGCUCACUUCCGCUCGUGAUCCGUUUGUAUAUCAGCUCAUUCAGUACAAACCACACUAUGGACCUAACGGCUCUCCUGCUGCUCUCCAUGAACCCCAUCCUUGACCCCUGGGUGUUUAUUCUGCUCAGCCCCCCUGUGCCCCAUCUUGUCUGGGGGGCAGUGUGCACUGUGUUGAGGCCUUGUCCCCUGGACAACAAGGUCCCGCUCUCAGCUGGUCCUCACACACAGACCACUAUGGAGCUACAGACAUGAGGCACAUGAGAAACUUAAGGAUAGAUCUGCAGAUUAAAUAGGUCUGUGCGUGUGUGUGUGUGCGUGUGCGUGCCCAGGCGCGCGCGCGUGUGUGUGUGUGUGUGUGUGUGUGUGUGUGUGUGUGUGUGUGUGUGUGUGUGUGUGUGUGUGUGUGUGUGUGUGUAAGUGCACUAAACAGUGACAAAGCAGGAGGUUUACUCACUUUCAUGGCAGUCGUGACCCUUGUCUCGGCCUGCAGUGUGACGGAACAGAACAUUUAAAAUGGACUGAAACAGAAAUACAGUAAAGCACUUAGUGAGAUUCAGUUUGCAUUAUUAUUAUUUAUUGACAGUCUUUGGGGUGAUGGUGUGUUCUCUGUAAUGCUGGACAUGUGUGUGUGUGUUCUCAUGUGUGUAUGUUUAUAAACAGCAUUAAAUUAUGCUUAAAAUUAAAUUAAAAAUACACACAAAACUCCAUAAAAGCUAACAGGUGACUGUAAACAACGAAAUGGUGACUAAAUGUUGAAAUAGCGCCUCCUAAUGGUGACGUAGUAAAUAUUCCAGUAAUGCAGCUCCACCACUGCAGCGUGUCAGCUCCCAUAGACUCACACUAACACUUCCUACUUUUAUAGUUAGUUUUGGUUUUGUUGUGAGACUGUGUUUCAGGGCAUUAAUAUGAAAUGAAAUGUUUUACAGAAUGUUAAUAAAACUAAAUCAUUGUGUACCUGAAAUAAAGUGUUAUAAAUGUGAUGUGUCUGUAUAAUAAAACAACUCAUCUUAUUUAUAUAUCUGAAGUAAAUGGAGUUUCAUCACAU